UGUUGUGGCUAGUGUACUGGCAAGUUUAUUGCUACCAGUCUUCGUCUCAUGUUCAUGCUACAUCUGGAGAAGAAAAGGAAAAAAUAAAGAGAGAAAGGAAAAGAGGCAGCAUACUGUAUUGCUUGAUUUGGAGGCAAGAAGUAGUACAAACCUCUCAUGCAGAAAUAUGCAAACGGGAAAACAAGUUAAUUCUCAAGAGUUGCCGUUGAUCGACUUAGCUACUCUACAAAUUGCUACAAGUAACUUCUCUUUGGAGAAUAAACUUGGAGAGGGUGGAUUUGGUCCUGUUUACAAGGGUGUAUUGCCAAAUGGAAAGAAAAUUACUGUAAAAAGACUUUCAAGAGGCUCAGUGCAAGGUUCAGAAGAAUUCAAGAGCGAGGUUAACUUAAUUGCAAUACUUCAACACAGAAAUCUGGUAAGGCUCCUGGGCUGUUGCAUAGAGAGAGAAGAAAAGAUGCUUAUCUAUGAAUUCAUGCCAAAUAGCAGCCUCAAUGUCUUUCUCUUUGAUCGACAAAGAAAUGCUCAGUUGGAUUGGAGCAGGCGCUUCAGUAUUAUUAAUGGAAUUGCAAGAGGUCUUUUAUAUCUUCACGAGGAUUCUCGACUCAUAAUCGUUCAUAGGGACUUGAAAGCUAGCAAUGUUUUAUUGGAUGAGGAAAUGAAUCCAAAGAUAUCUGACUUUGGCAUGGCUAGGAUCUUUGCUGGCAACCAAAAUCAAGAUAAAACCAGUAGAGUCGUGGGGACAUUUGGGUACAUGGCUCCAGAGUAUGCUAUGGCAGGGUUAUUUUCAGUGAAGUCAGAUGUUUUUAGCUUUGGGGUUCUUCUACUAGAGAUCAUAAGUGGUAAAAGGAACAAUGGACUACAAUUACCUGAGCUUUCUCAAAGCCUCCUCGCAUAUGCAUGGAGACUAUGGUCUGAAGGAAAAGGCUUGGAUUUGUUAAAUCCUUCGAUAAUUGAUUCAUGCCCAACAAGUCAAGGGUUGAGAUGCAUCCACAUUGGGUUACUGUGUGUUCAGGAAGCAGCUGCAGAGAGACCCACAAUGUCGAAUGUUGUGGUCCUGCUGAGUAGUGAAUUCAUAGCUCUUCCUCAACCCAAGCAGCCAGCAUUUUUAGUUGAACGUCUUGUUAUUAAUUCAGAUCAAUCUUCAUCCGGUAAUAAUGUUGGAUCUGUCAACGACAUAACCAUUUCAAAUGUUGUACCUAGAUAA